UUUCUUCUUCCGGGUUCCUGCUGCCAGUUUGUUUUGUUUUGGGAGUAUCAGCGCGGGCUCAAUAUGACCUGAAAACCUCACUCGGCGGAUUAAGUCGCUACUUUUCUUGACUUUAAUUGAAGAAUAUGACGUCUUUUGAGGUUUUACACGACGCUUUGGCUCGGUGAAAAGCGGACAAGUGUCUUCUCCGUGAUUUCAUCCUGACCUGAGACACCUGUUGCUCCGGUUUCGACGUACAGGUGCCACUCAGGGAUCCGCUCCGGGGAGAGGAGAAACCCUCGAAACUUGGAUUAAUUUCACUUGUAUUUUUCUUUAUUAUCAUUUACAGGCAGUAUGAAAGUUACUGUAACCUUCGGGGACACUUCAGUGGUUGUUCCCUGCAAACCUGGAUGGACUGUCCGGGAUUUAAUCGAGCAAGCCGCGCGUAGAUACCGCAGGAUUGAACAGCAUGGGGAGACUGAAGUGAAGACCCAUCACUUGGAGUACAUCGACGGGGGGAUCCUGGACAUGGACGACCUGCUGAGCGACCUCGUGGAAGACAGAGACAAGCUGGUUGCUGUGUUCGAUGAAGUCCACCGCUGGAGGACAGACAGCCCCAGAGAGAGCAUGUCCAACGGCUACGCCAGCUCCACCGCCAGCCCCGAACCGCUCGCCUACUACCCCCACCUGCAGUACGAGGAGCCGGCCAGAGGGGAGAUCGAAGUGAACGAGGCCAGCCUCAAAGCCAACACACCUCUUUUGGUGAGGAGCAGCAGUGACUCUGCCUUGGCCCCGCCCCUUGAGGUCAGAGCCACGCCCACCGUCUCAACUCCUGAUGACUACAGGAAUGAGUCUCCUGAACCAGAAAUCAACCAUGUUCUGAAAGGAGCGUUGGAGCGGCUGCGCGUAGAAGACCCCCCUGCUCAUUACGACCCCCCUUCCAAGAUGAGCCAAGUGAACUUCAGCUCCAUGACGAGGUCGGUGGAGUUUCCAGCUGACUGGGGCCCUCUGGGUAUCCAUGUCGUCCCCUACUGCUCCUCUCUGAGUGGACGAACCCUGGGCCUCCACAUUAAAGGCAUCGAGGAAAACAGCCGCGCCAAGAAAGAGGAUCUCUUCAAGGCGGACGAGUGCAUCGUUCAGAUCAACGACACGCCGCUCCAGGACAAAACCUUUGCACAGUCUCAGGAAGUUUUCCGCCAGGCAAUGAACACGUCCUCUGUGCGUCUAGAAGUCGUCCCGGUGGGCAACAAGCAUCGCUAUGAGAAGAGCCUCAUCGGACAGCUCUUCGACGGCAAAGAGGCCGCUGCUAAAGCCAAGAGUCCCAUGGUGGCCCGGGCGAAAACGGAACCCCAGCCAGAACCCAAACAAGAACCCAAACCGAUCAGCAGACUGGAAGCGAGGCAGCCGGAUACGCGCGCGAAGACCCCGGAGCCAUCUGCUGCGAUAAAUACACCACCUCCAUUGCCUCUGUCCGGGCCCGUGGAGAGGGUCUCUCCUGCACUUCCAGCCAGAGCAGCGAGCGCAUCACCGUCUCCCAACACCCGCAGCCAGAGCCCCCUGACCAGUAAGAGCCCCGUUCUGUCCAACCUGGCCAACAAGAAGGGAGGCAAGAGGAUCAAAAUCGACCUGAAGAAAGGUGCAGAGGGUCUGGGCUUUACCGUGGUAACCCGAGACUCCUCGGUCCACGGGCCAGGGCCGAUCCUCGUGAAGAACAUCCUGUCCCGCGGUGCCGCUGUCAAAGAUGGCCGCCUGCAGCCGGGAGACCGCAUCCUGGAGGUGAACGGAGUCGAAAUGACGGGCCGCAGCCAGGAGGAGCUGGUCGCCAUGCUGCGCAGCACCAAGCAGGGGGAGAGCGUGUGUGUGGUGGUGGCGCGGCAGGAGGACAUCUUCCUGCCUCGGGAACUGAAAGACGAGGAGGCGGGCAGUCUGGUGUACGAGGACGGCAAGGAGCAGCUCAUGUACGAGGUGCCGCUGAAUGAAACGGGCUCGGCCGGCCUCGGGGUCAGCCUGAAGGGAAACAAGUCCAGAGAGACCGGGGAGGACCUGGGCAUCUUCAUCAAGUCCAUCAUCCACGGGGGGGCCGCCUACAAGGAUGGCCGCUUGGCCGUGAACGACCAGCUGAUCGCAGUGAACGGCGAGUCGCUGCUCGGACGCUCCAACCACGCCGCCAUGGAGACGCUGAGACGUUCCAUGUCGUCGGAGGGGAACAACAGAGGAACCAUCCAGCUGGUCGUGCUCCGAGCGCCCAGACAGAUUGGUAGUUCCAACCCUGCACCAAACUCGGCCACAAACGGACCCGCCUCCCACCGACCAUACACCCCAACAUCCUCUAACGAUCAGGAGCCUUGGGGCUACAACGCCUACCAGGGACCCCCAGGACCCUCCAGACCCCCGACAGCAGCAGAGCUCGCCGCGAACGGCCCGAGUCCCACUCCGCCGCCGAGCAUCAACUACGCGUACGGAGACGCAGGAAGUGCUGGGUAUCCCGCUGCGACCACCAACGGCGGCUACAGUCACUACGGCAACGAUGAUGAGGAGCUGGAGCAGAGCUUCCCUCCGCCUCCCUCCCCAGGCACCGUGGAGGAAAUGAAUAGAGACUUUCCAAGAACUCCCCCACAGCACAGCGAGUUCCAGAAGCCGCAGCACACGAGCACGGCUUUCUAUUCAGAGAGGGACAAUGUGCCGCGCAACAGGGCGUCCAAGAGCAUGGACCUGGUGGCCGAUGAGAGCAACAUGGGAUCACUGGAUGGGCCGAGGAACGAGUCUUCAGCCGGUGGAGCGCUGGGUCCGACCCUUGGCCUCAUGAAGUCCAGCUCCCUGGAGAGCCUGCAGACGGCCGUGUCGGAGGCCGAGCAGAGCCGCAUCAAAGCCCACGUGCCCUUCCACCGGCCUCGGCCGCACGUGGUCCGGGGACGCGGCUGCAACCAGAGUUUCCGCAUCGCCAUCGACAAGUCUUACGACGGACCUUCAGAAGACGACGACGACUUCUCAGAGCAGAGCUCCGGUCAGGAAACACCAGCCAGCAGCUCCUCUCGCUACGGCCUGGACGCAGAGGACGGAGACAAGAAGAAGAAGAAAACCAAAGGGAAGAAGAAAGAGAAGAAGCCGAAAGGGAAGAAGAAUGAUUCUGCAGAGGAUUUCGAGAAGAAGACCAAAAAGAAAGGGUUUAACCUCCUAAGGUUUGGAAAGAAGAAAGACGACAAGAGCAAAGACGCCAAAGCCGCUAAAGGUAAACUGGAGGCCCUGAGUGAGGAGGAGCCGGACAGGAUCCCUGACAGCAGGGGCAGCUACGAUCCGCGGUACGCCGAGAUCCUCUCCAACCACCUCGCCCCCGACGCCGCCGCCGCCGCCUCCUUCCCCGACGUGGAAGACGACGAGAGCGACCCCAACUACGCCCGCAUCAGCAACUUCCGCCGGCCGCCGUCGCCGCAGCCGUUUAUCAGCCGCACGCCCUCUCCCGCGGCGCUGGCGGGAGGCUCCAACCAGCUCCGGGCGUCGUCGGAGGAUCUGGACGGGCUCUACGCCAAGGUCAACAAGACCAGACAGAGCCAGCUGCAAACACAGGCGGACAGCGACCCGCGUCUCCAGGGGCCGAGGAGAGAGCACCAGCAGGCCCGAGCUGCUCCAGGCUACGAGGAGCUGGAAGCAGCACGACGCCGGGUCCUGGAGAACGACCCGCACCGGAUGGCGCCCAGAGGAGCCGAAUCUCGUCCUGCGAGAGUCUUUGAAGACGUGGACCGACAGUACGCCACACAGCCCAGGAGGGAUCCGUAUGAUUACCCUACCCACUCCAGACCUGUACCGAGAGAGCCGGCCCCCCAGUACCAGGACCCCAAUGUUUCAAGCCGUGUACCGCCCCACCAGGUCCAAAACAACCAGCGCUACUACCCGUCAUCUCCCCUCCCCGGGCAGCAGCACCGCGCCGCAGUGAGGCAGGACGUCCCUCCUUCGCCCAGCGACGGCCGCAGGGGCCGCCAGUACUACGAGGCCGUCGGAGGGCGAGGAGACGGAUACCGACAGGCCAGCCCCGGACGCUACAUCAGCCCCGAGAGGAACCGCGACACCAGCCCGGAGCGCUACGGCUACGGAGACGAGCGACAGCCCGAUCCUCGGAGGAAGAACCCCAUGAUAGGUGCAGUUUGAGGUAGAGCAGCCAGUCACACAAAAGAAAAGAGAAACUCAUAAUAACAUUAUGGAGACAUGAACGACCUUUAUGUGAAUUCACCUGAUCAGGAGCCGUUAGAGCGAGUAGGAUGCUACAUGAGGCUUCUUAUUUACAGAGCUAAGGCUACACUGAACAAGCUGAAGGACUUUUUGUACAUAGACAAGUGAGCUAAUGUUCAUAACUACAGGCAGGAUUUUAUCAUGUAGAGCUGAUAUUAAAUGAAAGGCAGUUCCUGCGUCUCCAUAGCAACGUCAUUUAAACUUGUAUAGAUGAACUCUAUUCCAGCACACAGGGCGGCCAUGCUUCUUUUUGCACAAGCUGGUCAAACUACAGGAAGUUUAGAGGGGAUCGCCUCGAGAGGAGUCACAGGUUAGCUGGAGUGGACAAACAGGAAAAGGAAGUAACACUCCUGUGAAGUAUCUGACUUCCUGUAUGUCCUGCAAUCACACUUUGGUCUCUGGUUUUAUUUUUUUUGUCUUUUUGAUUAUUUGGACGUGGAUGAACAAUUUACUGUAUAUGUGUGAAACUUAUAAAUUAAAAAAAAUGUACGACAAAGCAUUAGAGCCACAUUAAAGACAUGAAAACAGAGAUUUUCAAAAUAAAGUCAGGAGUUUAUGAUAAAGUUGGAAAUUACUGGAGAAGAAGUUGUAAAAUUAAGAGAAUAAAGUUUUAUGUUUAUGAGAAAAGAAGACAAAAAUAAAGCGGUCAUAUUAACGUUAUCUUACAUUUUAUUUUGAAAGGGGAUAUCAAAGAGCAGUCGGCUUAUAUUCACUCAUUUUAACUUUAAGCUUAACUUCACAUGAUGCCCCGUGUUCCUCGGUUCAGCACAGACGAUAGACGGCUCGAGAUAUUCUCCUUCAGAAUCACUUUGAGGACUUUAUUCUCUUAACUUGAAGGAUGUCAUCUCCAAGUCUUAUAACUUUCUCCUCAUAAUUUGAGAAUUUUAACCUCGUGAUCAUGUGACUUUAUUAUCAUAGUAUUUGGAAUAUAUAUCCUCGUAAUGUCACGACUUUUUGUCUUGUAUUUGGAGGACUUUAUCCCCUCAAUCUGCAGACUUUAUUCUCAUCAUUUUAUGAAUUAAUCUCCAAAUCUGACAAUUUUCUCCUCACGUUAUUCACAUAAUUUAACAUUUUUUACCUUGUAAUCUCCUGACUUUAUUCUCUUUAUAUUACGGCUUUAUUCUCAUAGCAUCAGGACUAUUUUCUCUUAAAUUAACAACUUUAAUCUUGUUGUUUUAUAAUUUAUUUCUCCAACGCAACGACUUCAUUCUUGUUAGUUUAAGAACUUUAUUCUCUUAAAUUGAGGUCUUUAUACUCGUGAUACCUCCACUUCUUUACUGUUUACUUCACAACUUCAUUCAUGUAAUUCUAUAAUUUAUUAUUCAAAUGAAACCAACUUUAUUCCCUGAUUAUUACGUCGUGAUUCUGGAAAUCCUGUCCCUGUUUUUGUCUCUAAAAUGUCUCUGAUGGUGUGUUGUAAAGAAACCCCUUUGUGAUGUUUUUGAACAUGAAACAUGAAAUGACGCAGCACAUCGAAUAAAAAGCAGUUUCACAUUUUAACCUUUGACAUGUCGUUACCAGAUUCGCUGCACUGAAAACGAACUGAGCGGUGCUUUGAUUUCAACAUGCUGUCACAUAAAACUCUUUUAUACACAUAUUUUGCAUUAAAUAUCUUGAAAGCCUGA